AUGGCCCAAACGUCCGAAUCACUGUGGGCUUCCUUUGACCAGACGCUUCUUCAGCAAGCUUGGAAGUCCUGCCAAGAGCUGCUUGUUUCUGACAGAUUCGAGAGCAGCUUCAAGCGACACGUUGCUGAGUUUCUGUGGAAGGUCAAUGGCGGCAUUACACAAGGCCGCGUCUUGGCCAACAAAUGUUUCACUAUGCCGGAGCCUCCAUCCGCGAUAGAAAAGGGCAAAUUCAAGACGUGGACUUUCGGCAUCGAUCCUCCGCGCCCGGAGGCUGAUGGCAUCACUAGAGUGCCCUAUUGCAUGGCUCAGAUCCCCAGCGGAUUGCCGUACGAAGACUACCUGGACUUUGAGAUAAGUCCGCGCACCAGGAUUGGAAACGUUCUUGCAGAGACGGCGGCGAUGAGUGUCCCCAACGCUCUCAACGGUCGUCCGUCACUGACCCCCAGCGUGGACACGGAUCUCGCUUUCACCCCAAGCACGGACUUGGACUUUACCUUUACUUCAAGCAUGAUGGAAAUGGAGUUUUCCGUGGAUCCAAACUCGGACGGGAAUCCUCCUCAGCCGACUUCGUCUUCCAAAACGUCCUUUAGCCCGUCAGGAUGGGAUGUAGGUAGGAUCUAUCAUGGGCCAGCCUCGAUAUCCAUCCCAAACUCCUUCAUGCCCUUCACCCAACGACCUCUGUGGACUGCAGAUAUGGUGGCUUGCUAUGAUCCGGCGCCGGCAUCUGGCUCAAGCAUGUUUUUCAACCAGCUGCCAUUGACUGCUCGUAUGGCAUACAACCAACCAGUGCCGGGUCCUACUGCGUCGGAAACUGAUGCGCCUCCUUUGCGGGUUAUGCAUUUCAAUCCUAGCCUAUCCACUGACCAUGGGCAGUCGGCGUUUAGCAAGGAUACUCCCAGCCAACCACAUGCGGGCUACAUUUCUCCUGCUGGAGCUGCUGCUUUCAACGGUGCGAACAUAUUCUUGAAUGGACUCAAGAGGAAGCACGGGACUUGA